CUGCUCGGCUCAGGCCGCUUUGCUCCAUCCCCCCCGGCAAGCCUCGCGUGGUCGGCGAAUCCAGCUCGCGACGGCCGCACCCGGCCCUCUUGCUUCAGAAGCAUGGCUCUUGUCCUCCUGCGCUUCGGUCUGGCGUGCUUCCUGGUCCUGCACGGCUCAGGCGCGCGGGUCUCGACGGAGGACGCGGAGGCCCACGAGGCGCGGCAGGCCGAGCAGGGCAACGCCACCGACGCCGUCGGCAGGCAGGGGCAGUCGACGCCCUGGAUCGGGGAGUCCGCCUUCAACGACAUGAAGCACGAGUGCCUUUAUGAGUACUUCGACGCAGUCCACGUGCCCCGCCCCGCCCAGUUCACGCAGUGCCACGGGGCCCUCCCCCCGCAGGAGUGCAAGCAGUGGUGGGGCAUGAAGGAGGGCUGCCCCUCGGACAGGACGUGCUGCUCGUGCCGGAAGUCGCGGUGCGCCUACAAGGUCAUGGGCGACACGUUCAUCUACAAGGCGGCCACCGACUCGGGCUGGGUCGCCAAGUGUGCGCUGAACACGGGCCCGCUCGCCGGCUGCUCGGGCGUGCAGGAGAAGGCGGGUGGCUGGAGGUGA